AACCACAUUGUCCCUUUACACAAUGAUGAUAAAUUAAGUUCCUCGCACACAAGCAUUGUUUGGCUAAAUUAAGUCUCAACUCUCUCAGUUGUUAGCUGGAACUUUAGUUUUCCACUAACUUUUAGUUUUAAAACACUUCUUGUGGCUGGCCUAUAAGCAGGAGAAGUUCUUCAUUAUUUACUUAAAGCUAAAUGGAAAUAGAAUUCUCGAUUGUCUUCAACCAAAACUCCAACUCCUUGUCCUUUCAUCAGUGAGAAAUAAUUUGGAACAGCAUUUUGGUUUGAAUGUGGAUGCCACUAUGCUUAAAACAAUAUCCCCUUCGAUUGCAUCUCUUCAACUUAUCCAAUAUUGUGAGGCAUUAGGUGGAGCUUAUCUGGCUGUUCCAAGAUCUUGAAGUAUUGAGUCUCAAUCUCUUACAUAACUCAUAGAAAUAGGUCUAAUUAAAACCCAGACUCUCAAGGCCCAAAUAUUGCAAAUAAAGGAGCCACAGUUAGCCUGGCAUAGAUCUCUGAUAGCGUGAACUCCUCCUUAAGCCUGCAACAAAGCUUGUCUGUAUAAUUCUUCCUGGAAACUGGAAGUUUGAUUCUUGAGUUUGGCUGCAUAACAUUGGGUUA